UGGCCUCCUCGGACUUUCAACUUGCCAGCUUUUAUAUAAAGCAACACAGAUGAAAAAUUCUUGUCAAACAGUAGUGAAUUAGCUGCGGUUGGAAGAGUUGCUGGCUUGUUGGUAACGUCGCGUCCAUCAGCUUCGACCUACCUGGUGGAUUACCUUGAUUGAAAUCGAGCGCGGAAAACUUUGUGUAUGAUUUUGAAUGGAGUAAUUCGGUGAAGAAAGUACGAAAGUGUUGAAAUAGUACGAGCCGAUGGUGGUUUUGUAACGUUUCUUCAAAAGAAUGGUGAUCUUAUAGAAAACUUAUUUCAUAUACUACAGUUACUGAUUCUCCGCCGAUCAAAACCAUCUUCAAGCAGAAAUCGAGUCCAAUGUUGAAUUCAUAAGAAGUACCGUAUCAUCAAAGAUUUCGGCUAUUUCUCACCAUUCCUCUCAAGCCGGUUAGCAGUCGGUCAACCAACAAAAUCAACUCCAAAAUGACAUACGUGGAAGAGAAACCAUUCAAACCCCCAUCGCCCGAACCGCCUUUCACUCAAAACUCUACUGUGUACAGGAGAAAAGAACCCAAAUUGCUGAAAUCAACCGCCGAUAUUAUAGUGUUUAUUUUGGUGUCUAUUUUCUAUAUUUUGAAAGCGAUUUACAAGUUUAUUCUCCCGAGGCGUUAUCGGCAACUCAAAGACUUAAAGGGAGAGAUCGCUUUGGUGACGGGGGGAGGAUCUGGAAUUGGGAGGCUGUUGGCUUUACGUUUGGGGAAACUGGGAGUAAAAGUGGUGCUUUGGGAUGUCAAUGUAGAAGGAAUUGAAGAAACUAUCAGUUUAGUGGAAGGAAUUGGAGGAACCGCAUAUGGUUAUAAAUGCGAUCUGUCCAACAGAGACGAUGUAUACAGAGUAGCCAGGCAAACUAAGCUGGACAUUGGAGAAGUCAGUCUUUUGAUUAAUAAUGCCGGUGUGGCAUCUGGAUCUUUACUGUUGGACACACCCGAUCAUCUCAUCAAAAGAACGUUCGAUGUUAACAUUAUAUCACACUUUUGGACAGUGAAAGCUUUUCUACCGGCAAUGAUCAAGAACGAACACGGUCAUAUUGUGACGGUGGCAUCGAUGGCUGGUCAUGUGGGAAUCAACAAAUUGGUCGAUUAUUGCUCAUCGAAAUUCGCUGCAGUCGGUUUUGAUGAAGCUUUAAGGGUGGAGUUGGAGGCCCAAGGUGUAAAAGGAGUGAUGACAACAGCAAUAUGCCCAUACUUCAUAUCCGCUACGGGAAUGUUCGAUUCAGUAGAUUCCAGAUUUAUGCCCAGGUUGAAUUCAAACGAUGUAGCUGAUCGCAUUAUUGAGGGCAUCCGCGGAAAUGAAACAAUGGUGAUUAUACCAGGCGUGAUGAGAAUUGGUCUGAUGCUUAAACCACUGUUUCCCUGGACAGUUCUUUCGCUAUUUCUUCGAGGAUUGGUGCCAGAUGCCGCUCCAUAUCCAGCAUCAGUAACCAAGAUAACCGGGAAAGAAGAAGAUGCAGACUCAGAGGAGGAGUUGAAGAACCUGAGCAGGAAUAAACUAAAUAGUGUUUCGGAUACUGUGUCACAACUAACCCGGCGUUAUUCACCAACAACAAAAAAUUUGUGAUCGCGCUUGUACAGUGUAAUAUUUUAUAAUAUAUUCUAUACGAUUAUUGUAGCGUAGAUUGAUAUUAAUUCGAUAAAGGUUACUGAAUUGUUAUGGUGGUGUUGAUGGCUGGAAAGCGAGAUCAAAGUUAUCUCACAGUUAAAUUUGCUCAAAUGGCAAUUUGACUUCAAAUUAAGCAAAAAUGUUAAUUUUCAAUUACCCCCGGUUAGGUCCGUUCCCCAGUCGUGCACAGGGGUUCAGAAAUUAAAAAAAAUGCAACCAUUUUUUGCUCAAA